AUGGCUGGGUUUGGCACAGCGUUGGGCGUGAGCAAUGCAGUAUGGGCAAGUGCAAUACUCAUACAGUCUGGUACCUUAUUGUACUUGUAUAGGAAGUUGAAGCGACUGAAGUACCAAUGUGAUGAGGUUAUUGCAGAAACCAAUCAAUUGCGGUAUGUUACGGUACAUUUAAGAAGCUAUUUUUCAUUAUAUUACUGUAACAUGGCCUAAUACAGAAAUUUUAAUUAAUCUUGUCGGAAGUUAAUUAAUAUACUCACAGUUAGUAUUGUCGUACAUUAGUGAAUAUGAUAGCUUCUGUGUUCAGUAGGAAACAGAACUUUAAGAAGUUUUAACUGUAUGAUUUCAGAGACGAAGUCCAAGACCUGAAGCUCAAGAUCCGCUUCAUCGAAGACUCCCAACCCAUCCCACAGAAACCUCAUUACAAUGUGACAUUCUCACCAUCAAUUCCUCAAUCAUCGGCCGGAGACGCGGCCGUUUUGAGUCCUAUCAGUCGUGUAGCAUCAGUCACGUCGAGUAGCGACUUCCAAGAUGCCUACGAUGAAUGGGCGACUUCAGGUGACUCGACAGCACUAUUGAAUCGAACCAAUGACACAACCUUUGGCAAUCCAACAUCUGAUCGGUUUACUUUGGAUAAGAAUGACUUUGGAAACGGUGGGGUUGGAACGGUAAGGAUUUACAAAACGUUUUCUUUAUUGGCAUUGGUAUAGGCUUUCCUUUUGGACUAGUUUAGUAAGUUAUAAGCCAUUUUUGGGCUUUUAGUAAGGUAUAGGCCUACUUCUUGGACUUUUAUUAAGGUUUAUAAGAUUGUAUGCACUUUUAGUGACUACGUGUUAAACCAAAAAUCUUUUAAAUUUAAUCAAAAAACUUUUAAAAGAUUAAUCUAUGCUAAUACCAAGCUUUUUACAUACGAAAUGGUAUAUCAAAGAACAACGUUACUGUACGUUUUACAAACAUGAAAUGGCUGUUUCCACAUGAAAUCUAUUUACUUUGCUUUUGCUUCUAUAAAAACCAUUUAAAAUGUUAACUUUUCGAUGUUUUUUCUGAUGGUUUUUGUUGUGUUAGGUUCAAAAAAGUGUUUAAAAAUAUAGUUUGGAUUAAAAAACUUAUUGUAAGUGGAGGGUAAAUUAUUGUAAGCACUAUUAAUCCUCAGUAUUGUAGGUAAAAGUAUGGUUUGAACCUUUUGCUUUUCCACAGCUGAUUGUUUAACAUAAAUAGUGGGGGGUAUGAAAAAGAGUAUAAUAUUAUAUUAUACAUAAGGGCCAAAACCUCUUAAAUCUUGAUGUAAUGGCCAUAUCUUGUCAAAGUCGGCUAAUGUUUUGUAUAAUUUUAAAAAUGAUUCAUUUCUGUUUAAUAAAAAUUCCCUUAUAAGGAUUCAAUCAUAAAACCAAAUUAGCCUUAUUGUAUUAUAAAUAAUUAUUAAACUAGGUCUUCAAUUCCCUUCAAAUUGAAUUCUUUAAGCCACGUGUGACUAGAAUGUUGUUAUUUCAACAGGAACCGAAAAGUAAACGUUCCAACGUUUACGCAUUAAAAAUUAAGGCUUUUUUGUGGUUGGGAGCGAAAGAUAACGUCGAAAUUGAGGAGAAUUUCGUGUUUUAGACCUAAAUGGUUGUUAAGACUAAUUAGUGGUUUUAAUGCAAAAAUAAAUAGCUGAUUGAGAGGGCUGAUUGAUAUUUUGAUUCAAGGUUUUGGUUGUUUUUUAGAAUGUUAUGGUAAACUACAUGGUAUUGUUAGCUUAAGACCAAAGAAUUUAUUUUUUAAUUUUAAAGCUACAAAAGAUAUUAUUCAAUACUAAAAGUAUUUGAUAUUUUUCAAUAAAAAAUCUCAAAAACUCAUCGGAAAUCCAAAAAAUGCUAUAUUAACAUAAGCAGUGUAAAGCGCGUAUAUAAGCAGCGAGCGCUGACCUAAAAAAUGAGAAAAAGCUGGCCAGACUUUUUUCCGUUGAGAAAAAUAAGUUAAAUUAAGAGUGGACUUUGGACACAAAAAAACUGGAUUUAGAACCUCUUAUAUGAUAAGUUAGGGUAGCUUUUACAAUGGCAGACCUUAAAAACGUCGCUAGGUGGGAGGGAAUGAAAAGGGUAGAUGGCGUUGGCCGGGUUGUUAGUGAAGGCAAGCAAAUUAUUUGAUUUUUUACUAUUAGUGUGUUCAAAUAAUUCUGUGCCCCUUUUCAAAGCAAUUUUUCGAAUUUGGGGGCACUGAAUUAUGUGUACAACCUAAAAUUUUUUUAAAAAAUUUUACGUACUUUUGAAAUUUUAUGCUAGUUAUCUGAUGAAAUUCGUGCAUGCGUGUUAAGUUAGUUCGCUAAAUUUGCAUAUCAAUCUCAACUAUGUUUUUUUGUUUCUAGAAUCAGUCAUUAUUAGUAACGGGUCAAUAUACGGUCGGUAUUUGUUGAAUUAUGGUAAGGAUUUCAAAAUUUUAAUUAUAUUUUUGGCUUAAAGAGUUAUAUUAUAAAUGUUAUAGGCAGUGCUAAUCAUCUUUUAAAAAAUCUUUAAAUAAAUUAAAAUUUUAUGAUUUUUUAAAGAAGUGUGAAAACUUUAUCAAAAAUAUCAAAAAAUCAUUUAAAAAUCAUUAACAACCAUUAUUUGCAGAGUUCCUUGAAGAAAGCAGACGAAUUACACGGAAAUGGUGAUCACCAAAAGUGUUACGAUUUGCUGAAAGAAGCAGCAUCAGGAAAAGAGGAUAUUGAAACUUUAUGGCGAACUGCCAGGACAUGUCACUCGUUGAGUAACACAGUUGAUCAGAAGAGUCCAAAAAGGAAGAAUCUCAUUCAGGAAGGUUACAAGUACGCUGUAGCCGCCUACAAGAUUGAUGACAAGAACUUUAAUGCUGUGAAAUGGGCUGCCGUUCUCAGUGGAGCGUUGACAGAUUUUUUGGGGACAAAAGAGAAGAUCAAGGAGGGAUUCACCUUCAAAGUAGGUUUAUAUUAGACUUGUUAGUACUUUAAUAUAAUGUUUGAGAAUUUAAAUUAAUAUAAAAUAUUAUUUUGAGUUACUAAAACUCGUCUUUUUAUGAGCAAGAGAUAUCUUCUGCCAAUUUUGCCACUACUAUAAAAAAAAAAUACUUCAGGAAUACCUAGACAAAGGUCUGGCCAUCAACCCCACAGAGUACUCACUUCUACACAUGAGAGGUCGGUUUUCGUACAACGUUGCCAAUCUGGGCUGGCUCGAACGAAAAGCAGCCGCCGCCUUCUUCGCCACUCCACCAACAGCCACCUUUGAUGAAGCUAUCGUCGAUUUUGCUGAGGUAAGUUAGUUUUUCAUAUCCCUCAUAAAGUUUUAAACAUGCUUCUCCUAUGAAUAGUCCAUAACUUAUGGAUAAUAAAAAUAGUUCUCGACCUCCUCUGCCCCCCUUAAACCAGAAUUGUCAUCCGUGCACUGUUCAUCAAUCUCCUCCACUUUUCAGGUUGACAAACUGAAGCCGGAAUGGGUGGAAAACCUCAUCUACUUGGCCAAGUCCUACAUUGCCAAAGGCCAAAAAGACAAGGCUAAAGCCUGCCUGAACAGGCUUGUCAAAAUGGAAUCGGAAGACGAAGCCGACCGCGAACACAUUGAAGAAGCGAAGAAACUGCUGAAAUCUCUCUGA